AUGGCCAGGACGCUCACACAUUCAGCGGCAGCGAGUUUGACUUUGCUGCUGCUGGUAGUGCUGUUUGGCUUCGCUUCUGCCUUUCCCGUAUCCGAAGAGAAACGGGCAGCCCAGGUUCCGGCGGCGUCCUACGUCCUCGCUCUCACCCGGAAUGCCGCCUCGCAGCAGCGCAGUUCGACCGUUAGUAGCCGGCUGCGGAAUUUCAGAGCGGUAGCUGAAGGCCCCACCGGGAUUGCAACGGCACUACCAGCCUACCAUGACGUCGAGUAUCUGGCCGACGUCAAGGUCGGAAACCAUAAGUAUUCGCUGAUUAUCGACACGGGGAGCAGCGAUACCUGGCUCGUCAAGGAAGGCUUCCAGUGCCUCGAUGCCAACCACCACGUCGUCAACCAGCUCCUGUGCAAUUUUGGCCCAAAGUACAAGGGUGAUUUCCCUGAUGGCCAGAUCCCCGGCCAGCAUUUCAACAUCUCCUACGGGAGCGCCGGUGGUCCGUUUCUCAAUGGCCAGAUGGGCUACGCCGACUUGACUCUGGCCGGCAUCGAGAUCAAGAAGCAGCAGAUCGCGCUCGCCACCAUCGGCGCCUGGAACGGGGAUGGCCUGUCGAGCGGCAUCCUGGGGCUUGGCCUGCCGGGCCUGACGGAAGCGUUCGUCGGCAACACGCCGGCCGACGAUGGCGUGCAGAAUCUCGUCAACUACAAUCCCGUCAUCACCACGGUGUCCAACCAGGUUGGCAACGGCAUCUUCAGCCUGGGCCUGUCGCGGAACGCGUCCGCGUCCUUCCUGGCGCUGGGCGGCGUUCCGCAGGACCUCAAGGUUGGGGACUACGCGACCAUUUCCAUCGACAAGAUGGAUAAGCGGUUUGGCGGCACCGACUACUUCUUCUACACCAUGACGCCCGACAGGCUGGUGUGGAACACAAGCACGCAGGCCAAAGAGUGGCGAGCGCUGCAAGUAAUAGUCGACAGCGGGACGACUCUCAACUUGUUCCCGUACGACAUUGCCGCAUCUAUCAACUCGCUGUUCUACCCUCGCGCCGUCUACCUCGAGCAGCAGGGCGGCUGGUUCGUGCCGUGCAACGCAGUACCCCCCAGCUUUGGGGUGCAGAUUAAAGGGCAGGUGCUCUGGACAGACCCGUCGAGCAUGAUCUUGCAGCAACUGAGGGACCGGGAAACGAGCUACUGUGCAACUGGUAUUGGUGCCGCCGGCAGCCAGCCAUACAUCUUGGGCGAUGUUUUCAUGCAGAGUUUGGUGGCAGUGUUUGAUAUUGGCCCGAAGAUGGAGAUGAGGUUUGCCAAGAGGCUCUGA